AUGAAGACACUUGAUAACAAAAGUGGAACUGUCCAAAGAUUAAAAGAUGGCACAAGAGACUCUUCUUUGGCGCUGCCUGCAGAGGUGGCUGCCAACUUCUGCUCGGCAUCAUGGCUGUUCAAGAUUGUCAAAAAGAGGACCAAGAAGUUCAUCUGGCACCAGUCAGACAGAUUCGUCAAAAUUAGGUGUAACCGGCAGAAACCCAGAGGUAUUGACAACAGGGUGCAGAGAAGAUUCAAAGGCCAAAUUCUGAUGCCCAUCAUUGGUUAUGAGAGCAGCAAGAAAACAAAGCACACUCUGCCCAGUGGCUUCCGGAAGUUCCUGGUCCACAGCGUCAAGGAGCUGGAAGCGCUUCUAAUAAUGUUCAGCAAAUCUUACUGUGCUGAGACUGCUCACAAGGUUUCUUCUAAGAACUGCAAAACCAUGGUGGAAAGAGCGGUCCAGCUGGCUAUUAGAGUCACCAAUCCCAACGCCAGGCUGAAUAGUGAAGAAAAUGAAUAA